UAGACCAUACCGGCAUGUCAGGAACAAUGUUACAUAAAUACAAGUUACGUUAUUAAGUUAUGAUUUCUGCGUGGAAAAGAGAAUUAGCAUCGAACUACAUAUUUACAAAACUUACAAGGUUUCAGUGUAGACCAGCGGAGCUAGUUUUAGUGACGGCGAGCAAGGAAUCACUAUGAGUAGGUCUGGAAGGUACACGGUGAACCCGGAUGAAGGUGCCAGAGUGGAGGACAGGCGACCGGAGAACCGGGACUUGGUGAACGGCCCACAGCAGGCUGCCAACUCGUUAGGAAACACACCUGACUACUAUGGAGAUCGGGGAAUGAACGGGCGGGAGAACGAGAGUUUGCUUAUGAAGCCAGUAACUCUUAGCCCCAGCUGGGAAGAGCAAAAUAAACCAGAAGAUGAGCUCAAUUUCAAGACAGUCGUUGUGACGUCAGAGCCAAAAGACAGGUUUAAUUUCGUGUAUAUCAUCAUGUUGAUUCAUGGAAUUGGAGUGCUGAUGCCUUGGAAUAUGUUCAUCACAGCAGAAAAGUACUUCACAGAUUACAAGCUGGCCACCAAUACAAGUGGUGACACUGAAUACAGGGACAACUUCAUGAGUUACUUGGGCAUUGCUUCACAAAUUCCCAAUGUGCUUCUCAACUUCAUCAAUCUGUUUGUUCAGUGUGGUGGUAACCCCAGGACGCGCAUUCCUGAAGCAUUGCUCUCAUUGCUCUCAUCUUUAUACUAACAACAGCUUUGGCCAUGAUCGACUCUUCAGAUUGGCCAGGCUAUU